AUGACUUCAACUGAUAAAUUGCCUGAUUUUUCAAAGUUUACAUUAGAAGACUUUAAUCUCAAUAGAGGAUCACCUGAUAUAACUCCUGCGCCUCACAGACUACGUGAAGCCAGACGAUCCUUUUUGCUCUACUUGGAACCAGCCCCUGACUCAUGUUUACAUACAUCAUUUGUUACGUUUCAAGAAAAGACACUUGUUCGAUAUGGCCCCAAUCAGGCUCACAACACGCCACCUCAUAUAUCCAUUUUGCCUCGAAUACUGAUUCAAAGACAGGAAACAGCAGAUGUCAAGAGAAAAUGGCAGACCGUUCAGGAUUUGAUAGAUUGCAUUGACCAGCAAAUUCGCUCUCUUCAAUUGACUGUGCCUGAUUUUGCUGGUUACCAAAUACUAGAUAAACCCACUCGAUCUCUCAUCAUGAACGUCAAAGUGCAUAACGAUUAUUACACUCUGGUAGAAUCAGUUGAAUUAGCCAUUGGGCCUGCUUGUGCAGUACUAGAAACCCAUCUUUUGGACAAAAUACAUCUCGCUUAUAAUGUACUAAAGUCACUUUCAAAAGCUGAUUUAAAGAAAAUGAAGCAAGUGGCAGAGUCUACAAUCGAUAUCUAUGAUUGGGUCAAAUCGGGUGGAUCAUGGAGAUUGACAUUGUAUGAAGUCAUGAUCGAAAGUCAAGUCGUAGGUGUUCAGCAUCAGUUGAAAGAAGUUCGUUCAUGGCCAGUCCAGCCACGUCCACCACAGCAAUUUGCUGAUCUGUUGCCUGUAUCCGUUCGAAUCAAGUUACCUUGGCUAAAUUAUUCUGCUAAAAAGCAAACUCAUUCUUCCAUCGAUCAUAGUUCAGGCAUAUCAAGUAAAUCAGCCACAUCUUCAAAUAAUAAAGGACUGCAUACCCUAUAA